CGACAAGGUUCUCCCACCACCACAUCAAUAACAUAUUCCUCGUUUUUCUCGCUUGUAUCUGCCAUAACCACAACCGGUGGAACCACUAUCCGUACGACUAUUUUCUGCCGAGAACGUUUGGGCGAAGGGAGUUGAAAUCUGUCUAUUGAACACUCGCCCUUGGUAAAGUUAUUUGCUGACAUUCUAUCGUGAGAUUUCUUAUGUACCCUUCAACUGAAAAUUCCGCUGAACAGUCAAUUGCAUCCGUCUGACUAAUGCAGUCGUCGGCACGCCGAUUAUUCGGGAAAGAGCGUCCCGAUUUGCCAUUCGGUGGUGGAACACGCUUUCUUUCAACGUCAAUGUCGAGGUUGCUCGAGUCCAUGAAGUGAGCCUUUGUUAUAAGCCAGAUUAGACACUUGUGCAUUCUCAAUCCCAGGUAUGCCAGCCAAUCUUAGGCGCGGAAGCAGCAGGGGGUGUGGUUAUAGCCUUCGUCAACUUCUGGCGAUACAAUUCGACAUCAAAGAGCAAGAGCCAAAUGUCCAGAAGAGCUAUUUCUAGGCGCCAAGAAGAAGGAGUGUGGACGAGAACGUUCAUCAAUCGUUGUCGUCGGCUCGGCCAUGUGGUGAUUAUAAAAAGUGUAAGGACGGUACCAGCCGAGGUACGAGUGCCACUCAUGCAAGUGCUUCGGACUCUGCAUUUAUAUCCUACUUCGCUGGUCAAUUUCGACCUUUUGGUCGAGAGCAGUCGGGGUAGAGGACGAACGUUGAGCCAUGAUGAACCCCACUCUGUUUCGGCCCACUGCGAAAGGAGUUUGGCUAAGGUAUCAAGGAUACGGUGCAUGAAAGGAACGCUACAUCAUAUUUUUAUGCAGGCUCUUCUCAUGCUACAUACCCCACCUUGGUAGUGUACCAACCAAGGAGUAG